CGAGAUUCACUCAGUCGGUACGAUGCUAUUAUCGCGCUCGAGCGAUCUCUCGCGCGACCGAAUUUAAAUUAAUGCCAAGCUACGAGCUGCUAAUUAUUCUGGAAAUAGAGAUGACGGAAGUAGAAAGGAGAUAGAAAAACAAGUGGCUAACCAAGCCCCUUCUCCACGAAAGCAAGUAUUUCACCGCGUGAAAUAUACAACUCUAUUAUAAUUUGCUUUCAAGAUGUUAUCUCGAUCCCUCGCUCUUUCCGCCACGGCUAGCUGCUGUUGUGACUGUCGAUGAUAACUCGCAGACUUGUGACGAGACCUUUCGACGAUGAGGUAUCUCUCUUGGCGCGCUUCGCUUUUUCUGCCAGGGGUCGGAAGGUCAGAUUCGGCGUAUAAUCGUCCGCGUUCUCGUAUGCAGACGAUUAUACGCCGCGAGUGAAAUUGCACUUACAUCACUGCCAAUCACUGGCAGUAACAAGAGUAAUUACAAUUGGGCGAUCGAUGAAUGUCAAGAUUAGCUCAUGCUCGGAUUAGCUAUCGUUUCUCCGAUGGUGAACCUCGGCUUCAGCUUUGUCCUCGCGACACUCUCGGUACCUCUUCUUCUUAUCGCGUACGUAGUGGUCACGUGGACGCGAAAAUGUUGGGUACGUUUCGUCAAGUGGAAACAUCCGAGUUACGUUGUUGUGGAGGACAACAGCAUUCGAAGCAUCUUGGACCAGGGACGCAAUCACGGCAUAUGCACCCUUCUCGUGCAAGGACGCGCGAUCGUCAAGGGCGUGAGAAAUCACCUGGCGCAUCUCACCUCCACGAGAAAAUUGCUGCGAUCGGCCCUCUUUGCGCGGUGGGGCGUAUACGUGUGGAAAGAGCUCGAUUGCUUCUCCGUCGACGGCCACCUCGUCGAUUCUCCCUCUUCCUUCCGAGGUCGCCCCAUCACCGAGAACAAUAUACAGGAUUACAUAAGCGACGUCACGUCGAAAUUCCUCCCGAGGAAAUUGCCGCCUUGGCAGGUCUACCUAGUCAACUGCUUGGUGGGAGGAGAGGAACGUCAGAUAUGCCUCGUGCGAGCGCAUCACUUGCUCCUGCGCCAGGAGCAUCUUACCUUGGCGGAUUUCUUGCCGUUCAAGUACUCGACCGACAACUGGACUUGUCAAGAGAGCGAUUCACCCUUUACGAAUCUCUACGCCCAACCGUCCGCCCUGCCGCGUCUCCGCCAGAUGCUCAUCGAGAGCUUCAGCAACUAUUGGAACGAUUUCCUUUACAAUAACGAUCCCACCGAGCGGCCGGAGAUCCUAAAGAGGCGCACGGGGAUAUUUCAAUGCGUCAAGAUCGCGACGAUAGUGCUGAUUUGCACCCUGAAAGAGCUCGCCAGACAAUGCCGAAAGUCGGAAGGACUGACGCGAGGCUUCCUGGGGCUCCUGUCGAUCCUCCGACGCGAGUCGAGCAAGAGAAAUUUCAAUUCCCGCUUGAUAUUCGACUCGAUUGCAAAAUCCUUCAACCCGAUCGGCAUUUUCUACACGUGCGUCGCUCUCUCCUGGUACGUUGUCAUCGCGUCGCUUCUAAAGACGCCUCUCCUGCUCCUUCGAGAAUUGCGAGCUUUACAAUCCCAACACAGACAUUGCUAUCCGGACACCUUGACGUACACGCUCUCCUGUUACCUUCCACUGGCCUUCCAAGCGAUUCGGGAGGCGGUAUCCAUUAGCUGGAUAGCCGUAACUGCGCCCAAAAUCAUCAUCGAGGAGCUCUUCUUUAAGCAUCCGCAAUCGAAUCGGCUGCAAACCAUCUCACCGUGCGGUAGGAAGGUGGUCGCUUGGUCGGAUGAGGUCGACGUCGAGCUCGUACGUAAGAUCGCUAACGUCACUGGCGCGACAGAGACGGAGAUUCUCUUAGCAGCUACCGUGGACGCCCUCAAGGAAUAUUUUAGGCACUCGGCCCUCGACGUCCCGGACGAUGUACUCGCGACAGUCAAGUACGUGAGUCAGCGAGCGGUCUUUGUUCGAAAUCACGAGGCCAGGGGCAUUCUCUGUAUCGCAUUGCCCACCCGGACGCCCUUGUUCCACGACGAUCUCAUUGAGAUACUGCAGGUUAUUCAACGAAACGUGCAGGAUGCCAGAUCCCAGCAGAGCGCAAUUUACGCAAUCACGGCAGCGGAAACGUCCUGCGGAUUUAUUUCAUCCUGCGUACCGUCCAUCGUUUUGAAAUUACUUUUAAAUCAACUGUCGAAACGAUACUCUCUAUGUUUAACGCACGUCGACGGAGAUUUACCUGUGGAGGGCAUAGACGGAGCCGUCUAUUGGCGACCACCGCAAGGAAACUGCAACAUGUCUAUGACUCUGCACAGGCAUGGAAACGGAGUACGCCUUGGUAUAAUGGCGGACGCCUUGAUCGGCCCUCAGCAUUUUAUCGUUGCGAGAACGUUCCCGAGAAGUGUACGAAAUCUCGCCGGCGUUUUAGGCGUCCCGAGAGCGCCCAGCCGAAGUCCAAGCCCUAAUCUACUCAAUCCGACUACGUCUCCUGGAUACUGAUACAAUGAGAUAUUUUUAAAAAGGAACGCGACUGCGUAAUUGUAUGCUCGAGAGCGGGGGUUGACGUAAACCGUCAAUUAUUACAUAAUAAUUCCAUAUUCAAAGACAUUGGUUUUUCCCUUUUUCUCGCGUACCCGAGGUACCUGAGCGACACUGUGGAUCGAAUGGGACGCAUAUUUACAUACCGUUCAAACAGAUACAUAUAUUUUAUGUUACGUAACUGCAAUGACAUGAUUGAACAAACAAUUUAAUCAAAUAAAUUAGACGCAUCAGUGUCUUAGUUUACACUUUCUAACAAA